CCAGCAAGCAGCUCCAGUUCGAGAGAUCGCUAUGGCUCCCGCAAAGGUGGCAGUCCACUAUGAGGUCGAGUUGGAGACUGCCGAGGGCCAUGGCACAGAGGACGAGACCGUGGGCGGAGAGCGAACGUCGGACACUCCGCAAAAGAGAAGGGGAGAUUGUCAAGUCGACGUUGUCGGCUCUUCGAAGAAACAUAAGACCAAGGCCCCGAAGAGUGUGGGGGAGAAACGGAAGGGAACAGGGGGGGGAACAGGACCGGCCGGGUAGCAAACGUCCGGCCUCGAAACACAAGCAGCCUGCGUCACGACCUUCCUCGCCACGACCUCCCAUCGAUGUCGACGCCGGGUACUUCCUGGAGUACAAAGACGGCGUCAGCACAAAGUGGGAGUUCGAGAUUAGCCCGGCUCAGGUCGUCGACCUUGGGGAGUGGGAGGAUCUAUACAACCAGUGGUCCCUAGAUCUUGUCCUCGUGGAGGGGAUCAAAGAAGCGAUGCGGUUGGUGUAUGACAACAAAGAACAGUUGUACGAGUUACCAACCCUGAAGCUCACACCGGUGGGGCUGCAAAAAUCAACUCCCGGGGCGAAGGCCGUUCGGCUGAAGCCAGAGGACAAGAAGGACGAGCUGGCGGACCAAUACUACUAUUACGUGGUGUGUGGGCAACACAACGUGGCUGUCGCCAGGUCACUGCUCGACAACGAGGUGGCCAAGAAGUCCAAUUUCGAGAGGUGGCCGAAUGCAAGAAAUUGUGCAGUUGGUGAAGUGCGACCUCGUGCUGGUGCUGUUGUGGAAUUACUACUAAUUCAAGCACGAGAAGAGCCCGGACGCGGAUUGGAUCCAAAAACGAAGUCUGUCGUCUUCAAAAAGUUCAAAAGUCGAGGAUUGGAUGACGAUUUGUGGAACGGUAGCAGGAAAUACGUUUCUGACGUGGCGUUAUUCAAGGAGUGUCCGCCGUACAUGGGUUGCAACGAGGACCACUCAAUUGAGGCGACGAAAAAAUUGGUCGGCCACAGGAAGUUAUCCGUCGACUGGAGAAACAAGGUUCUCUCCGAGUUGACUGGGAGUAGACUGAACAGUCGGGAGAUCGCAUUUGCCGAAGAUAUUGUGCACAUAAAAUGGAAAGACACGGGGGACGUGACAUCCAUCGCACGGUUCGGCAACGACCCUUUGGAGGCGGAUAUCAGGAGCGCAGAGCUGAAGGAAGCGGUGACUGCCACAAAGAGCCACACGUUUGUCCUCGAUCUGUGCGAACCAGUUGACCUGAAGCUGUGGAAACCGCAAGCAUUCGAGACUUUGAAUUCCUAUCUUCAGACGUGGUGUCCUGUCUACGGGGACAUGGAACGCAAUCCGACACAAUUCAUCGGUCUUCUUGAUUUCGUUAGCAAGAGGGGAGAGGUUGUCAACUUCCUCGGGAAGCCGCACGCACGAAGCGUGUGGGAACUUCUGAAGGCAGGUCGGCACGUUGUCUCGAUGGAAGGGAACUCCGACCUGUUGCAAUUCGCGAUGGAACUUGUCAAAGGCGAGGUCAAUUCGGGGGCCCGCAAUUACGAGUUCAUGGUCGUGAAGGCGACACAGGAUCGGGUGUGGAGCAACAAGACGGACAUGUGRUUCAAGUUGAGUGAGAGGAAGAGGAACAAGAUAUAUGACUUCUUGUUCGUGCAAAUGAGGCCGAGGAAGGACACUGACGCCGACGUCUGCCGCAGGGACCACAUGUUGGUGUUGCUCGAUAACCACCACUUCGCCUCCCGCAUGAACGCGAAGACCAUCCUCGAAAGGCUGCAGUCCCUAUACUUUGUCAAGGGUGGCAGUGCGGGGGGUGGCAAAGGAGUCCCACCUAGUGAGGAGGGCGGGUCUUACCGUGGCACCACAACACCGGGAGGCAGCGGUGGUGUGGCGGGUUUUGCUGUUGAUCGGCAUCUGUCUACUGGCCCCGGGCCGGAGCAUGCGAAACAGUCCGCCGACCUCUUGACUUCAUUCGUCGGCUCAGCGAGGGAGACGAUGGUAGCCUUGGUUGCUCUCAGUAGCCGCUCGGGUGGAACGUUAACGUCCGCCAGGGUCCGAAUUACGUCAGUUGAGGUGCCGCCACGGCGGUCCGCCGUGCAGAGCUGGUCAGGGGUGGGGGAGCCAAGCCAGGAUCCCACAAUUGGCAGUGGUGCGGUGAGGGACGGGAAUGCGUCGCUUGAGCGGGACCGGCGACCACUGGGAUUAAAGCAAGAGGCUACAAUUGCACGGUUCGACGACACAGAGAAGACGAAGUCUGCCGAGAUCCGAACUUCUUCAGGCAGGGGGGGUCGACUAGGGAUUGUCGUGCCGUCGGCAGGGGCAGCAUGCACGGAGACAAAAGGGCGGCCGUUGGGAUUCAACACGGGUUCCGAAGAAGGGGCUAAAUUGCAUGGAAGGGAAGGAGAGGAGGAAAUGGAGGAAGGAAAGGAAGGGGAAGAAGAGGAGGAAGGAGAGGAAGGGGGAGAAAUUGAGCUGAUUGAAUUGCUUGAAGGAAGAGAGGGUGCCGAAGGGGACGUGGGUACUGGACACGACGAAGGGGAGGACAGUGAGGACGAUGCCGGAUCUGUAGAGUCGUCUGACGAGUUCGAACAACUGUACGAAGAGCAUCACGAGGAUGAUGUCGACGACGAUGCCACGACAAUGGAGAUGGAAACACAGGUGGUUAGCAGCCUUUCUGCAGAGCUUGAAGACUAUGAGGCCCAACCACUCACGUCUACCGUCGAUCUGCAACACCGGUUCGACGAGGUUUCCGUUGCUAUGAGCCCAUCUAAAGCAAGUCGCCGUAUAAGUUUCGAAGAAGUUAUCGACGGUAUCCUCGGCGACCAGCACGUGUCCGCGCAUCCAUCCACAAUGCCUGACGUCGAUGACACUAGCAACGUCAAACCUUUUGUGGCAACUGCUGUCGCUUUCUCGUCGCCGAACUCUCCAGUGUUGCCGGCUACCCUCGCUGGCGGAGGGGAAGGGGUGGGGUCAUCUCGAACACGGAGGUCCUCGAAGUAUCUGGAAUACAUAUUGCAGAAAUUCCCUGGGUUGACGACAAAACAUAAGGAUAUGUUGAAGGCAUCAGAGGUUGAUGUGGAGAUCGGAAGGAAGGAGCAUGUCAUUGCCAUUGACGAAUGUCUUUUCGUUCUGGUCCUAGAGAAAGGGACAUAUCCACGAUCUGUCAGUAGGGGUCAGGCCAUGUAUGAGAAAUACCUAGCAACCCAUCGUGCAAUGGGGGACAAUGCUUAGAACUCUGUUUCUCACUACCCCACGUGUCCUUUGCUCAAUGUUGUGCAGCCUGAGUCACCAUACGUGGAACAUGAGGGGAAAGAUUCGUUGCAGUGACUGCGCCUCGAAGCUCGCGGGUUUUGGACGGCAUUAAACGAGGCUUGGUGCCACCUCACAUCGUUCUCUCUAUCCUGACCGAUGAUCAAUUGCGAACUGCAGCAAAAGAUCUCCUCACCCUUUUGUAUAUCAACGGCAGGGUGAAUGAUGAGGUGGUCAAUUUCUAUAUUGCGCUAUUGGAACAACUAUUUCAUAAAACGGACAUUUUUUAUUUUUUUUACGAAAUUGAAAAUCCAAACUGCAGCCAAAAUUUGAUGAAAUUUUGGCUACAGUUUGGAUUUUCAAUUUCGUAAAAAAAAUAAAAAAUGUCCGUUUUGACGAAAUCGCUGUUUGGAGUCGACCGCAUGUGCGUCACGUGACAUCCGGUCAGGCCUUCAAGUCUUCAACUUUAAUUCGUUCUUCUUCAGUAAAUUGCAACUUCAAGG